CUCUUGGAAAGAGGACUUUCACAUAGAGCUUAAAGCUCAGAUACUGUUGCACGAUCAAAAGGAUACCUGAGGGACCUUCAAUUGGCCUCAUACGAAGCUCCACCUCAUAAGCACCCCGCAUUCCCUUGAGCUCCAUCAAGACACGAUGACGCUAUCAACGGCGAUCCGCAUAGCACCCUCACGCGCCGCCCGCGUAGUAAACCUCCUCCGCACCGUCCAAUUCACACACCCAUCCUCAUGUCCCUGCCACGCCAACCCCAACUACCACAAUCAAACACCCUCCACCAUCCACCAAGCCCGCCGACACCUCGCAACGCCCGUCGACUUCUCGCAGCAGAAAGAAUAUGCCUUCGAGAUGGCUGCCUCCAGUAUACGCUUCGGCCCCGGGUGUACGAAAGAAGUGGGCAUGGACUUCAAGAACAUGGGCUCGAAGCGCGUCAUGGUUGUUACAGAUCAGAAUGUACGGAAGUUGGAUGCGAUGAAGCAGGUUGUGGAGGGGUUGACGAGAGAGGGUGUAGAGUUUGAGGUGUAUGAUAAAGUGAGGGUUGAGCCGAAGGAUAGUAGUAUCAAGGAGGCGAUUGAGUUUGCGAAACCGUGGAAGCCGGAUGCGUUUCUGGCGGUGGGCGGUGGAAGUGUGAUUGAUACGGCGAAGUUGAUGAAUCUGUACACCACAUUUCCCGACGCCGACUUUCUCGACUUCGUCAACGCGCCCCUCGGCAAGGGUCUUCCCAUCCCCUCCAAGCUCUUUCCCCUCGUCGCUGUCCCCACAACUGCAGGAACUGGCUCCGAAACAACAGGCACUGCCAUCUUCGAUCUGGUCUCCAAGCGCGCAAAAACCGGAAUCGCCCACCGCAACCUCAAGCCCACACUCGGCAUAGUCGACCCCAUAAACACUCGCACUAUGCCCAGCGCAGUCCACGCCUCUUCAGGUCUCGACGUGCUCUGUCACUCCCUCGAGUCAUGGACCGCGAUCCCUUACUACGAGCGUACCCCACGCCCACAGAACCCCAUCCAACGCCCUGCGUACCAAGGCGCGAAUCCCAUCUCCGACAUCUUCUCACUGCAAGCUCUCCGCGACACAGUCAAGUACCUACCUCGUGCCGUCAAGGACCCAGAAGACCACGAAGCACAAAGCCAGAUGCUACUCGCCGCGACACUCGCCGGCGUGGGCUUCGGAAAUGCGGGUGUGCAUCUGUGCCACGGCAUGUCCUAUCCCAUCUCAGGCCAGAACCCAGGCUACAAGCACGCCGGGUAUGAAGUCGACCACCCCAUUAUUCCUCACGGCGUCUCAGUCGCCGUUACCGCACCUGCAGUGUUCAAGUUCACCGGCGCGUCGAACCCAGAGAGGCAUUUGGCUGCAGCUGAGGCGUUCGGCGUGGACAUCUCAAACGUGAAAAAAGAGAGUGCUGGUGAAGUGCUUGGUGAGGCGCUAGCGGACUUUUUGGUUAAAUUGGGCGAUCAGCCACGUGGAUUGAAGGCACUGGGUUUUGGGAAGGAGCAUGUGGAUGGAUUGGUGGAAGGCACGAUUCCUCAGCAGAGAGUGUUGAUGUUGGCGCCACAUCUGGAAACUGAAUUGGAGCAGCAGAGGGAACAGUUGAGAGGGUUAUUUGAGGAGGCAUUGGAGUACUGAUAAAACUUAGUUGAUUUGGUCAGGCUGAGAACCGUGACGAAUUGGUAGGUACAACUCCAGUUGGCGAUGAAUCUGCGCCGCCGUCUAUGCGGGGGAUUCCAUACCUGCGGAGUGGAUACACCAGACUACACGAAAUGGAUUGCAAAGGUCGAGAC